AUGGAUCUGAGAGAAGCUCGGAAGCGAUCCUUCAGCUCCAGCGGCUUGCCAGCCGACGGCAGUUUGCGCCAGUCCAAGAAGAAAAGGAAGCGAGACGACAAGGCGGAACUUCAGCAGACGGAGACUCCGGGAAUUGCAGAUGCCGCCUCUGUGCUCAUCGCGCCAUCCAAAGACCGUUCGGGCAAGAGAAAGCGACGUCGCGAGAAGCAAAAACUCCAACUCGAGACCGGCGACAGCGAAGCAGGAGGCCUAUCUGCUGCCCAGCCCAAGACCGAAAGGACCAAUGUCGAAUUCCAGCCGGACACCUCGAAGAAGCCGAACAAAGAUCGAGCAGUCGCGGGUACGACUGGUCAAGUCUCUGGAAAGCAGCACAAGGAUGCAAAAAGUGCUGCUGCUCACUCUGCAUUGCCUUCAUCGACUGUGACCACUGGAGAUACAGCGAAGCCGAACCAGGCAUCAAAUGGACGAGAGCCCCAACCUCGGAAGAAGCAUAAGAAGAAGAAGAAGCCUAAAGACAAAGCCGUCGCUUCUUCUAGUCAUGACUCCACCAAGGCCGCGUCUGCGAAGAACCCGGACGAAACUUUCAUUAUGGAUUGGGAAGCUAUCGAGCGAAGCGCUGCCAUGAAGCUCACCACCGAAGAUGUUCUAUGGGGCAAUCUUACCCGGGAGCAGCGAGUACAGAUGGAGGAGCACUAUAUCGGACCCGCGAUCACGCCCACAAUUCCAACCCAUGACCAAGAGGUCGAUUCCAGCAAGGCGGACGAUUCUGCGGGGAUUGAAGUCGAUUCUUCAAUCGACACAAGCAGCGAUGAGGAAAGCGUCGGGAGCCCACCUGCUCGACAGCCACAUAUCCCAGGUUCUGUGGUAGCGAGGGAGAUUCCGAGUGCCUCAAAUGCUAGGACACAAGUCGCUCAAACCGCCACUGCCUCAAGUAACGAGAACAAGCCGCUUGUCUCCAAGCUACAUCAACCCAAUAGUCGCGGCCUGUUCAAGGCCUUCGGCGAGAGGAGGUUUUCUGGUGUGCCGGCCACUACCAACACUAAGGACACUCUUGCCAACACGCAAGCGAAAUUUAAGCGGCUAAGCGCUGCCAUCAAGCAGCGCAGGCAAGAGGCUAGUAGUGACAGUGAUGACGACAGCAGCAGUGAAAGUGAUUCGGGGGAUUCCGGACUGGUCAGCAAGCCAACUAUGCGCGGCUCAAUUCACGAGAGCUUCACAAGUCAUAUGCCGACGUUGGACAAAGACGAAGGGAAAGAUGCGACUCCAGCUUCAGGAGACCUGGAAGCGGAUUCAGACGACGAUCAUGCCGAGACACAGGUCAAUAGUAUACCGAGUGCAGCAGAAGUCCUCAACAGCGAUGGCAAGAUGAGCGACGAGAGUGUCGAGCUUGCGAAUAACGACAAUUUAACCUUGGCUCCAGAUCGUGGUCAAACUGUAUCACCUAAUUCAGAUGAGGAUAUGGAAGCAGAAAUCACCGCUCCGCCAUAUGCUGCAGCUGAAGAUUUAGCCGCUGCAGCCAGUCCGCCAAACGAAAAUUUUGGCAGCGAGGAUGCGGAAGACUACGCUGCGGGUCAGGAUGAUGAUCUCGAGCACGAAGAGCUUCCAGAGGAUGAAUUGCAAGAUCAAGAUGCAGAUGAGGCUGCAGCUGAAGAGGAGGAGCAUGCGACUUCUGCUUUCGAUAAUGGGCGGUCAGUCGAGGAGGUAGGACACAUGACGGACGGGGACGACAGCAGUCAUGCAUCUGAGGACGACGACCCUGAAGAGGAUGUCGCUCUGCCAAGCCGUCAUGUCGGACAUGCAUCCAGUGCAGGCGACUCGACCACUUCAGAUGUCGACGUCAUUGACGCUGAUAUGAGCGAGGCGCCUGCCCAAGACGAUUCAAAGCAGAUAGAUGAUGCUCUCGACUCAGAUGAUGUUGCGGACGCCAUGAGCGACCUUCACGAAACUAAUGCAGAAGCCCAGGACGGUCUUGACACGACGAUGGUUAGUACAAGUUCAGCACAGUCCUAUCAGGCGGCACAAAAUAUCACAGAUUUGCCUGCAGAGGCUUCGGGUGACAAUUCAAGCGAUAAUGCCAGCGACAGAAGUCGCGAAGUUCCGGAGGAAAUCCACCAGGCUACGAACAUUGAUAUAUUGGAGGAGCCGGCCACAGUCGUACAGUCCGCGAUAGAGCCACCUCGAACGCAGCUGACGGCCUCGCAACGGCAAGAAGCUGCAGGUAUUCCACAACCACGACCCAACACUUCAUCAACAGCUAACGGCAACGUCAAGACCACAGCAGCGAGCAACGAUCGUGGUGGGACAUCAUCUGGCCAUUCCCCAGGUCCACAAGCGCAAUCCAACAAUGAUCCGACGCUCCUAUCUUUCAAAGACUUUGUGCCGGCCACCAUUGACUCGCAGAAUAACGCGGCGGCAGAAUCACAGGAGCUGGACAACAGUGUACUGGAAGAUGUCUUUGAUGGCACUCGGCCUUUACCUGAAGCAUACCACAUAAUUCGAGCCAAUUGA